AUGAUCACACUUUUCAUUGUCCUACUGAUAGAUUAUGUCUAUUCGCAAAAUUGUCGACUUGAAAGUUCUCUAGUUGGCACUUUCAAGAAACAAACCCGGCCGAUCAUCGUUCCAAAUUUGAAUACAAAAUUCGCAAAACCAUUACUUUACGAAACAGUGACAAUCGGUGAAACCUCGAUUUCCGAUUUUGGUGAAUGCUAUGAAAAGAUUCGAGACUCUUACAUAUUUGGGGAGAAGAGAAUGGGCCGUCCAUUGUGCUAUCGUUGCGUAACACCGAUCAUUCGAACACCAAAUGUUAUACAAUUGGCUCAUCAAGCAGGCGAAUACUGUCACGAUUCAAUGGUGAGCGCUCGAAAGACUUGCUUUGAGCAGUCGGCUGUUCGACCCGUUGAGGGAACUCUCUUGUUCAGAAGCACAAACCUCGACUACUCAAGCUGUGAUUUGGAUGGUCGAUUCUCGGUCAUCUAUCAUCUACGAAACACAAAUCUCACAUGUGAGGGAGAGAAUGAGAGCAAGGCUGAAAACUGUGAAGUGGCCUCUCGAUUGGAUAUCAAGUUCAAGGGAUGCUCGUUUCCUGAUUUUGAUAUGUCGCUUCGGUGCUUGGGCUCGUGGAAGGGACAAAGUGGAGAGAGAUUUCUGAUCAUUGAGAACGCCGAUAAUGAGGAGUAUCGAUGUGGACUAGUUCAUCCGUCCGCUGACCACAUCACCGUCCACUUCAGCAAUGACAGUUCGUGCGAGCACUUGAAUCGACACAAUGCCUUUGAGACUUAUCGAUUCAAACCAACCUCUUUGUCCAAGCCGCUUUCCCCUUGCGAGUUCCCGGCGUGGCUCCAUGGACAGUACACGCAUUUGGAUGUGUCCGCCGAGCAACUGCAGUACAAUCAAGGAACAUCAGAUUCAAUUCCGAUUGUUUCUUAUUGUGUUGCCACUCAUGGAGAGCGCAUUUUGGUCUACUCGGAAUCGAAAUGUGGUGAUGCGUUGGGCUAUCAUUGCUUGUGGUUUCGAAUGCGCAGCGAUUCGGUGCUCGAGUUUCGGACGACAAACCCACAAGAGACACUUAACUCAACGCUUUGCCAAAACGAGAAAUUGUUUGAGAGAACACCAUGGACUUCGGUCUCUGUGAAACGGCCAACGACUGUAUCCUGCGGUCUUGAGGGUGUUUACCGUACUCCUGCUGAUAUGGCAAACGACGAUUGUUACUCGUUAGAAGUUGAUUGUAACAAGCGAGAAUCACUUCAACUCAAAGCCUACCAUUGUGCAAGUGGAAUCGUUUUUGACACUCGUUUAUAUGCUUGUUUGGCUAGUUGGCACGAUGGGCCGUUUAUGUAUUUGUAUGCGAAGAGGAUCGGUGAAGAGAUUCACGCAUGCUUUGUGGCGCAAAAGCACUCCGGUCGGCUCUUCAUCGCCUCCUCUGGAGCUCAUUGCUCCAGAGAUUUCACCUUUGAAACAAACGUCAACACGACUCUCAUCUUGCAACAAGAAACUAACUGCACUGUGAAACCAGGAUCGAUUCCACGACAACCAGCUCACGGUGAUCCUUCAAGGAGACCGAUGUCGAAGACGAGCCCAGCUCACAUCGAUUUUCAUCCGAAUUUAGCUGCCGGGAUUCCAAUAUACACAGAAAAUGUAAAUCCUGGCUUCAUGGGUCCACUCACUCCACAAUUCACCCCGCCAACCGAGGAGCCGAAUCCACUAGCUGAGCCCACGACAGAGAUUACUCCAUUGGAAGAUCUUGGUGUUGGUGGUUUCUUGACAAGUUCAGCCGCUCCGCAUCUCAUUCUUUCAGUCAUUUGUGCUCUUUUGGCAAUUUGCCUCAUA